CUCCCUGCUUAAGCCCUCCCUCCGCCUCUCAUGUGUCUACAUUUUCAUCCCAUGGCCGUCUCUAGGUGAUUUAGCGCCGCCAGUCUCAAGCAGGUGUCCAACAUGGCGAUCACGGGGAGCGGAUCUCUCGCUAUUUCUCUCUCGGCUUUCGUGAUUUUAGCGGCGUUUCUUCUGAAAGGAGCUGCUGAAACCGUGACAGUCGAAGGUCAGAACCUGGCGACCGACAAUGUGUCGGUGAUCGAGGGGGAAACGGCCACCAUCAGCUGCAGAGUGAAGAACAACGACGACUCCGUCAUCCAGCUGCUCAAUCCCAACAGACAGACCAUCUACUUCAAAGACGUUAGACCUCUGAAGGACAGCCGGUUCCAGCUGGUGAAUUUCUCUGACAACGAACUGCGGGUGUCUCUGUCCAAUGUGUCACUCUCCGAUGAGGGACGCUAUGUGUGCCAGCUCUACACAGAUCCUCCUCAGGAAGCCUACGCAGACAUCACUGUCCUGGUCCCGCCAGGCAACCCAAUCAUCGAGAGCCGCGAGGAUGUGGUCAGCGAGGGGAACGAGACGGAGCUCACCUGCACAGCCAUGGGCAGCAAGCCAGCUGCCUCCAUCAGAUGGAUGAAAGGGGAGGAAGAACUGACAGGUGAGACAAUCGUUGAAGAGAUGUACGACAGGAUGUUUACUGUCACCAGCCAAGUAAGAUUUUCUGUCACUAAAGAAGAUGAUGGAGUGCCAGUGGACUGCAUCAUUGACCACCCUGCUGUAAAAGACCUCCUGGCUCAAAGACACUUGGAAGUGCAAUACAAACCAGAAGUGAAGAUUGUGGUGACUUAUCCUGAUGGUUUAACCAGAGAGGGUGACAAUCUAGAUUUGACAUGUAUCGCAGAAGGAAAACCACGUCCCCAUCAGAUCAACUGGCUGAGAGUAGAUGAGGAUGUGCCGCCUCACGCCGUGGUCACCGGCUCUGAUCUGUACAUCGAGAACCUCAACAAGUCCUACAACGGCACCUAUCGCUGCGUGGCAUCCAAUACUGUGGGAGAGGCCUACGACGACUACCUCCUUUAUGUUUAUGAUGCUCCCACUACUAUCCCCACACCCACCACCAACCCCGUCAACACGCAAGACUCGAGAGCCAGCGAUGGAGCACCGGCAAAAAUUGACCAUGCUGUCAUUGGAGGUGUGGUUGCCGUGGUGAUGUUUGCCAUCCUCUGUGCACUCAUUGUGCUUGGUCGAUACUUUGCCAGACACAAAGGAACUUACUUCACACAUGAAGCCAAAGGGGCGGACGACGCAGCCGACGCAGACACGGCCAUCAUCAAUGCGGAGGGCGGACACAACAACACAGACGAGAAGAAGGAGUACUAUAUCUAAACUGGACAGGCCAGGAGAGACGGGUGGGGAUGCUGAUGGAUGUGGUGCUGAAGGAGCAAUAUGUCUAACUCUGAUUGGUUACGAGAAGGUUUGGGGGCGGGGAGGGCGAGAUUUAAAGAGACGAAAGUUGAAAGUAGGACUGGCCAAGUGGUAAGAAGCGGUGUUACCGAGUCUCCUAUCCGACCCUUUCUUGACUGCCGGGGCCUAUUCUGUACAGUUCAAUUAUUUUACAGACAAUUUUGUGCCUUGUUCUAUUUCUUUUCUUGAUUUUGUUGUUUUCCUCCCCCCCCCACUUCACAUGCUUCUUGGAUUGUUUUUUUCUUCUUCAAUGUACUCCACCUGAUCCUUUGUUGCAUUUGGCUUUCGGGGAUUAAAUGGGCCUGGUGUUUGUCUAUGUGUGCUGCAGGUAGCUUUUAGCUCAUGUACCCAGAUCUGAGGAGCCAGCUCUUACACACUUUCCUUUUUUGUCGUUGUUGCGUAACCUCCAGACUUCAGUAGCCGGAACACAGUGUCACUACAUUUCCCCCUGCUGGGUCCCACGGCCUCUUUGAAUACAUCACAUAUUUUCCGCGCAGAUUUCGCUCAACCCCUUUCUUUUGAGGUCAGGUUCACUGUGUUGAUUACUAAUGUAAACAGUUGUGAGCAAUCAUGCUCAUCAUAUAUUGUAUUUGUUCCUGAAAGUGAAGUACGAGUGCUGUUACAGUAAGUACCAUUUCACAUCAAACCGAAAAGUACAACUGGAAAAACCUGACAAUUAGUAGAUGUGAGGUCAGUUUAGUAUUUCUUUAGGGGUAUUGUGGAGUCCUAACAGCUGUCUCACAGUGUGUGCCAUGAUACUUAAAGUCCUACAGAAAAAAACUGAUUUUUUUUUUUUCAAACUCUGUAUCAGUUUUUUUUUUCUGCUGAUUAAUAGGACAGCAGGAAAGAGAGGAAAACAUUUACCGUCAUCUGCUUUCUUCUUUUCGUUGUUGUCGUUCGCUAAACAACUGGUUCUGAAAAAUCUUAAAAUAGGAAAAGUUUGACAUUUUAGGAAAUACACUUAUUUGCUUUCUUGGCCUGUGUGAGCAAGGAGAAUCAAUGCCACUCUUAUGUCUGAGAGUGGCAUUGAUCCUUCCCGCAAUCUUCUAAUCUAACUCUAGAGAAAGCAAAUAAGUGAAUUUCCCAAAAUGUCGAACUACUCCUUUAAAAAAACAUUGUCUCCUUCUAGAGUGAUUUUGGUAGCUAUUUUUUUCAAAAUUACUUUCCUUUUCAUCCUUUUGAUGGUUGGACCAAAAACAUGGCUAAAAUGUCUAAUAAGUACAGAGCCAAAAGAUUAUUUGUGGGUAGACAUUAUGUGGGUUUCAGGGUCAGACUUUACUUUGAGUAUAUAGGACAUACACUCUGUAUUACCUACAAGAGCAACUCUUACUUUGCAUUGAUUAUAGAAACCUAUUUAAAAUGUAUAAUUUGUUGGAUAUUGAUACAGCCUGCUGUGUGUUUUUGGUUUAAAACAUACACAUUCUUCACGUUUUGAUACCACCAACACGGUCAACCCUGGACCAAAUCUAAUAACUAGCAAGUGUGUGCAUAGUAUAUACAGUGAAUAUUACUUGUAUACAGCGAAGGCUGAAAGUCCACUGUGCAGAGUGCUCCUCUCUAAAUAAUUGAUUUUUUCAUCUGAUAAUUCGUACAUUGACCAUUUAAUGGGAAAUGUCUCCAGAGCCUUGGUUUAUUUUAUUUGUCAAGGUUAUAUUUUUUAAUUUGAUUGUACUGUGUUAAAAAGGGAAGAAAGACUGUAAUACUUUCAAUAGCAAAGUUUCCUUUCAGUGAUGUAUAAGUUGUCAAACUAUGUACACAUGAUUACACGUAGUAAGUGGUUCUCCUGGCCUUAAAAAUCCUUGCUACACAUAUUUUCUUGCCCUUGCCCAUACUCAUAGUAUAAAAGACAUUCAAUCACUGCAAACAUGAAUCAGUUAUAUAUCCUUGCUGUCUGUAAAGCCAUUUUACCUUUGGGCAGUCUUUGAUAACUUUUAAGGACUCUUGUCCUCACAAGUUAUCAAAGAUGUGCAGAGAGCUUUAGACUUGGUUUGGGAAAGAUCCUUUCUUACUGCCAUCCUGCAGCCUCAAACCUUCACACAGCAGCCGUCUACUGUUACAAAUUAUCCCCCCCUCACCCACGCACAGUAUCACAAAUCAUAAGAUCCUGUGCCCACAGACGGAGACGCAGUGUGCACACCAUGCAUGCUUUAUGCCUCUGAGUCGGUCACAGCUAGAAGAGUAAAAACCUGUUUGGUAAUUAGUGAGUGAUUUCAUUGCAUUGCCUGAAUUAGACAAAAAAAAUGUAUAUGUAAUAUGAAAAAAGGAGAACCACUGCCUUAAACCCACCUCUUGAUACUUAUCAUUAUAUAUUAUAGGAGAAGACUGAAGGACUUAAUUUAGUGCCUUCUUUGAUUUUGAGGCAUAUGGUUAGUAUCGUACAGUAUCCUCGUGUACACUCUUACAGUCUAUAUUGUAUAUUUCUGUCCUUUCUAACUUACAGGGCCAACACUCAUCCAGGUUGUCUGUAUUCACGCCCCAUAGACUUACAUCAGGAUUAAGAUCUGGAGCAUAAAAAAAAGAUGAAAUGAGAACAAAAAAAUAAUGAGUAUUUCUUUGUCUAUCAGGGUUGUUUGGCAGCGUCCACUGACUAGAAUGUCGUAUGCCAGGACGUAGUAUUUAUUGUCUUAAUUAGUGAUCGCAAAACAAUUUCAAUUUGGUCAUAAUUAUUUUCUCUGCUUCAUUUCAUUUGUUAUUUAUUUGGAUAUCGUCAAGGACAAGGCUCGCUAGUAAUAUCAGAGAGGAAUGAAGUACUAGAAGCUGUAAUAUGCUCCAAUAAAAGGACAUUUUUCCGGAUUUUAGAGUUGUGGUGUCAUGGAAACAGUUAGGCUAUGUGCAUGAAUUAUUUUGUUUUGAGGUUUGAUAUUUAUAAAAAAAAAUGACUUGCAUUUAAUCGAGGAACGUGAAACGAUUGUCGCAAGCAUCAAUCUAAUCCAAUUGUCUUCAUUUGUUUUACAUAUUUGAUAUUUAGUACAGUACGUUUGUUUUCACUCUCUCAGGUUCACGAGUGUUAAUAGUUGUGUUUUUUGCAUCUCAGGUAGAAUGCAAAU